UUGAAGGAAAACCUGCACAUCAUAAAAAAGAAAAUCCAGCAGCUUGAAGACGAUAUCCGACUGAAUGAACUAACGGUGCAGGAGAUCAGAGAGAAAAUCCAUCACGGUUUAUUCAGCGGAAAGAAGACUCCAUCACUGAGUUCAUUGCAGCAGAUUCGAAAUGGUAGCAUUGGAAAUGCCCAAGGAUUUUACAGUGAUGAUGGAACGAUUUCAAAUCGGGAAACGUGCGAGUUUUCUGGUCUGCUUAAGUCGAAGCAUUCCGUCGAUGUGCAGAUGUUAGACGUAUAUGAAAGCCUGAAAUUCGAUAAUCCCGACGGAGGUGUUUGGAAGCAAGGCUGGAACAUAAGCUACGAGGAAAGCGAGGAAAAAUCUCUGCCUACUCUUAAAGUUUUCGUCGUACCGCAUUCUCAUUGCGACCCAGGUUGGUUGAAAACAUAUGUACAAUAUUAUGAAGAACAAGUGCGUGGCAUCUUGUCGAAAGCGUUGUCAUUUUUGGAUGAUCAUGCCGAUAUGAAAUUCAUCUAUGCGGAAAUGUCAUUUUUUCACCCUUGGUUCAUGUCAUUGUCUUCGGUUGAAAAGGAGAAGUUGGAAAUCGUCACCGGUGGCUGGGUGAUGGCGGACGAAGCGGCUUCGCAUUACUUCGCCUUGAUCGAUCAGCUGAUCGAGGGUCAUCAGUUUUUGGAAAACUAUUUGGGUUACAAACCAGUGAGCCAUUGGUCGAUCGACCCCUUCGGUCAGAGCGCAACGAUGCCUGUACUGAUACAGCUGUCCGGCUUUCGGAGUAUGUCUAUUCAUCGAGUACACUACGCGAUCAAGAAGCAUCUGGCCAGGAACAGGCAACUAGAGUUCUACUGGAGGCCGUUGUGGAGAAACGACCAGAGCGCAGACAUUUUCUGCCACAUGUUCCCGUUCUACAGUUACGACAUUCCUCACACAUGUGGCCCUGAUCCCAGAGUCUGCUGCCAGUUCGAUUUUCCGCGCAUGACUGGUAUAUUUGCAGCUUGCCCUUGGGGUAUUAACCCGGUCUCAAUUACGGCAAAAAAUGUUGCGGAAAGGUCACGUCUGCUGUUGGACCAGUUCCGUAAGCAGUCAAAACUGUUCCAGACUAGGUCGUUGCUUGUGCCGUUAGGUGACGAUUUUCGUUUCGGUCAUUCGUCAGAAUGGACACUGCAUUAUACGAACUACAAGGCACUGUUCGAGUACAUGAAUUCUCAGAAGGAUUUUAAUGUGAAGGCUCAAUUCGGUACGUUGGACGACUACUUCGCGUCAGUUGCUGAGGAGCUUCAACAGAAACAAAACAUAAAAUUUCCUGUGUUAUCCGGUGACUUCUUUACUUACGCUGACCGUGAUGACGACUACUGGAGCGGCUAUUUUACUUCACGUCCAUUUCAUAAGGCUUUGGACAGAGUGCUUGAGAAGUACCUGAGAGGUGCUGAAAUUCUAUUCAGUGCCGUGGUGGCUCUUUCACAGAUGGACAGCACGAACGCCGAUCAUCCUCCGCCUUCUGUGAUGACACUUUUCAUGCAGCUUACUGAAGCUCGCCGUAACCUCGGCAUUUUCCAGCACCAUGAUGGCAUCACCGGAACUUCAAAGACUUUUGUAAUGGUCGAUUAUGCUGCAAAACUCGCUGCUGCCGUGGCAGAUUGUCAGAAAGUAAUUGCAAUUUCAAUCCCGCAGUUGUUCUCUUCGAAUCCACCACAUGAUGCGAAUAUACAGGACCCGGAACUGGAUUUUGCAGAAGAAGUGAAAGAAACGCCAGCCGUACAAGACGUAAUUAUCAGCGUUGGAAGGACGCCUCGGACUGUCAUCGUAUAUAACUCUUUGCCAUACGAACGAACUGAAGUGGUCUGCAUUAAAAUGGAGACUGGCGGUGUGAUGGUAACCGAUGAGGUUGGCCAGAAGUUGUCUGUACAGCUGAGUCCGGUGGUCAAAAAAGAGAAUUCCGUAUUUCGCAUAUCAUCAAAGUUGUAUGAGGAUAUCACUGACGUUAUUAGCGGACAUCGCCAUCAUGUCAAACUGGAAUUCGUAGCAUACGCGUCGGAAAAGGGCGACAGCGGCGCCUAUCUAUUUUUGCACGGUGAAUAUGGCAAGAUGAUUCGUAGUCAAAAGCAGGUAUUGUUGGUCGACGGUCCACUGUUCGCCACAGUUUAUUCGUGCUUCCAGCAGGUGAUGCAUGCCUUCCGCGUCAUCAAGGAAGAGGAGUUCUUUGCCCGCGCCUUUCACGUAACGAACGUCGUUGAUAUUACCAGUGAGACAGUGGAUUACGAGUUGGCCAUGCGGCUGAAGACUGACGUGAAAAGCGCCUCUGCCGACCGCUCAUUCUACACUGACAUAAACGGACUAAUGAUGAUCAGGCGAAAGCAUUUUGACAAAUUGCAAAUGCAGGCGAACGUUUACCCUAUGGUUACCGCUGCUUUUCUGCAAAGUGACCGUUUUAGAUUUACGGUGCUUAGUGCGCAAUCUUCGGCGGUCGCCAGUCCGGCAUCAGGUAUGCUGGACGUGUUUUUGGAUCGUCGAUCGAUGAACGACGACAGUCGAGGACUCGCGCAGUCCCUGCAAGACAAUGUUCCGUUCAGCAGCAGUUUUCGACUCUUGCUCGAAGACAUGCAACCGUCCGGCAUCCCAACGGUGAGCAGCGCACUCAAUAUUCCUCGGUCGUCGCUGCUUUCCAGGCCUUUUCCAUGUGAUUAUCACCUGGUUAACUUGCGAAGUUUGGAGGAAUCACAAACCCAGCUGCCUUCUAAGCGUUCGGCUCUGAUCCUUCACCGGCUGCCAGUGGACUGCGACAGUGUUGUGCGCUCGCCGGUCGGCUGCUCAGCCGCCCCCGAAUUGAGUUUGAAAACCGACCUCAGCUUUGGGCAGAUAGUUGGUGUUGAGGAAACAACGCUGACGCUAAUGCAUUCCAAGAAAAACUGUUCGUCUGAUCUGCGGCUGAAACCGAUGGAACUGAGGACCUUCAAAGUGACCUGGAAUUGA